UGAUCUGCAAGGGUUUUAGUAAGUGAAAUGUAUAAGAUACUAAUGGCAAAAUAUUUUAUACUUUUCGAUCUAUGUCUGGCCCGAUAGUUAGUAGGUAAGGAUGGGUUAUAUAUCAUUUUAUUUUCUUUUCUUCAUGUUCCUUAAUUAUGACUUGAAAGUCUUGUGUUUUAUCUUUGGAUCUCAUUGUUUGUCUUUUGAUUGUGAUUUUCAUAAGAUUGUUUAGAGAGAAUUAUGAUCAGCCCCAUCUUCACAUGGAAUGGCAUUUGAUGCUGAGAGCACUUGCCAGUCCUAUUGGUCCCACAGACUGGAAUGAAGCUCUGGAUAUAAUUGCUUAUGGUUCUCAUGAGCAGGAUAAUGCUCACUGGGAGGUUGUUGACGCCUUACCAUCAUAUGGACGAGGUAUUGAACUUCCUGGUGGUAGGUAUCGAAGCCUGAUUACAGGAAAUAAUCUAGUCGAUGUUGUAAUUACAGGGUAUCAAUGGACUUGAAGAUCUUUAAGAAAGCUUCUGAUAUGGAGGACAAACUUAACAAAAACUGAAGACAAUCCUUGAACAUUUGGCUGAGAAGAAUUAUGUGCGGGUGGUCAGAAUUAACAUGAGUCGAAUGCCAAUAGCAAUGCAGCUGCUUAUUCAUGAUUAGUAGUACUAUGUUCUAGAUUUGGCCCAUUUGUCAAAAGUUUGAUGUACUUCAUGUAUUUUGGCCUAUUUUCAUUUCUAAACUCGAAAUUGUUUUUUUUAUUUAGUAACUAUGGUACUGAUCUUGGUUGUGGUUGUCUAGGAAUGAUCAUAGCUGUGGUUGGUAAUAGCAUUAGUACUGUUUUUGGGAUUUGUUGGUGUUGAACCUUUAA